AUGGAAAAAAGAGCCAGUAUACCUCCAGGUCUACCCCGGGACAAUCCCAUUCAGAGUUACUGGCAAGAUCCUCCCGAUGAGAUAGCAGAUUGCCGGACGACCGCUGAACUUCCCAAUGAGGUCGAUAUCGCCAUUAUUGGCUCUGGAGUCAGCGGCGCCUCUAUAUCCUACAACCUGCUCUCCUCGAAUUCAAACCUCAAGGUUGUGCUUCUGGAGGCUCGUCAAGCUGCCAGUGGCGCCAGUGGUCGAAAUGGAGGUCACACUAAGACAGCUACCUAUCGAUCCUUUCUCGAUAACGUCCAAUCCGUGGGUGCGGAAGAUGCCAUGAAGAUCACAAACCUGGAAUACAACUGCAUGGUCUCAGUACACAAAUUCGCCUGCGAGAACAGCAUCGACUGCGAUUCUGUCAGAUGUCAAACCAUUGACGUCUUUUACGAUGAGAACCAAUUUGCAAAGGCGCGGGAAUCGAUCUCGCUAAUGGAGAAAUUGAUGGGAAAGGAAAAUGCUCCGAAGCAUAUUUUCCACGACAGCCAGGCAACGGCCGACAAAUUUCUGGCGCCCAACAGUGUAGGAGGGCUAGAGUACGAAUCAGGGAGUCUGAGCGCGUACAAGUUCACCAUCGGCGUGCUAAAACUCGCUCUGCAAAAGGGACUGAACCUCCAAUGCAACACCCCAGCGACUCGCAUAUCCAAAUCUACCACGGAUGGAAAGUGGACCGUCUCGACACCACGUGGCAGUAUCAAAGCCAAAACCCUCGUGCUAGCUACAAACGGCUAUACUGCACACCUCUAUCCGCAACUGCAAGGCGUGAUCGUCCCCUUGCGAGGAGUGGUGACAGCUCAACGGCCUGGGCUGAGCAUGCCCCAAAAAGGGCUAGAAACGACAUACUCCUUCGUUUACGACGAAGGCUUCGAGUACAUGAUCUCCCGCCCCGCCGGCUCUAAAUUCGAGGGCGAUAUCGUGAUCGGAGGCGGCAUGCACGUUGCCAAAGACGGGGGAACGUCCGAGUACGGCAAUACCGACGAUACCACCUACGACGAAAACAGCGCAGACUAUCUCUUGGAGUGCACGGAGCGAUACUUUGGCACGGAGAACUGGGGCAAAGACAACCCGGAAGGCCGGUGUCGACGAACCUGGUCCGGCGUCAUGGGCUUCUCGUGCGACGGGUAUCCGUUUGUAGGACCCGUACCCGGCGAGGAAGGGCUGUAUUUGGCUGCGUCGUUCCAGGGCCAUGGCAUGGUCUUGUGCUUUUUGUGCGCAAAGGCCGCUGCGAGCAUGAUCCAAGGGACAGAUGGCGAGGAGUUGAAGACUUGGUUUCCCACUUGCUACAGAGUCACUCCGGAGAGGAUGGACAAGAAGUUUGGCGGCCGCUUGAGGGCCUCAGGGGCACCGGAGCCAGAGCCUGUCGAGAAUGGAGUGAAUUAG